UACCUCAUAAGUAUCCCUUCUUCUUCUAUUAUCCUUGCUUGUUUCGAAGGAUGCGGGGUCGGUUCUAUUGGGGAAGGAAGGAGGAAGGGAGAAAGAAAGCAGAAGGGAUCGUGGUGCUCUUCGCGUGGCUCUCCAGCCAUGAGAAACAUCUGACACCGUAUGUGGAUCUCUACUGGUCUCUCGGAUGGGGUUGCCUCGUUUGCCAUACGGAUUUCCUCACUCUGUUUUUUCCUGAGAAGGCCUCAAUGCUAGCCCGAGGUAUUCUGGAUGAACUGAUUAAGGAAGUAAAGUUUAGACCAUUGCCUAUUGUACUCGUCUCUUUUUCUGGGGGAUCGAAAGGUUGCUUAUAUAAGGUUCUUCAGUUGGUUAAUGGAAAAUGUGAAGGACAACAAAGUCUGCAGGAUGAUUAUCGGCUAGUGGGAGCGUGUCUAUCUGGACAAAUAUAUGACUCAAGUCCUGCAGAUUUUACUUCUGAUGUCGGAAUUCGUUUUGUCCUUCAUCCAUCCGUUUUAAGGUUGUCUCAUCCUCCAAGACUGUUGGCUUGGUUAGCAAAAGGUUUUGCAUCUGGUUUGGAUGCACUAUUCAUAAACAGAUUUGAAGCUGAACGUGCUGAAUAUUGGCAGACUUUGUAUUCCUCUGUUAGCAUGGGUCCUUUUCUCAUUCUUUGCUCUCAAGACGAUGAAUUGGUUUCGUACCACAUUGUUUGGGGUUUUGCUCAACGUUUACAGGAGCUUGGAGGUGACGUCAGCUUUAUCAAAUGGAGCAGGUCUCCUCAUGUUGCUCAUUACAGAUACCAUAAAGCCGAAUACACAGCUGCUGUAACUGAGUUGCUUGCCAAGGCUUCUCUCAAUUUUAAUAGAACAAGGCAACUCAGUCAAGCUUCGUAUAAGAUACCAGAUUCGUCGUGCAAUUCCAACAACACAGACGACGGCUCUACCGAGCGCCUCAAAAGGACGGCUGCCACUGCCGCUGCCGCCAUUGGCCCGAGUGACCAUUUCUUAUUGUCAAGCUCGAUUGAGUUUGGUGAUACCGGCAAUGAAGAUUGGUUGAUUGAUGAGCAUAAGAGAGCGCUUCUCCAGCUUCGAAGCAUUGAACCCCAUGGUAUUCUUAGCCGGACUCAUUUCGAUGUCUGUGUCCUGAAGAACAUUGAAGACUGGGACAUCAGACCAAUCUCAUCCUUGAACAAGAGCCAUAUACUUUCUUCUGCGACGCACAAACGAUCCAGAUUGUAGAAUCUUCAUAUAAACUAGUUACAUGAUACUACUCAUGCAUUUACAUAUCUGACACCCAACCUCUGAUUUUUAUUUAUAUCCCAUUAUAU